UAAACAGAAGAAAAUGGAUAAAAUCACACUAGACAACGUCAGUCCACAAGCGAGGAAGGAGCUCACACCACCACUCUCCCCAAAACGGCCACGGACAGAUUGUACAGUGCUGAAUGAGCACGGUGGAAAAAGCAAGUUCGACUUUCCAGAGCUUCUGAGAUUUCAGAAAACCAUUAGUUCUCCAUCAUCACCAAGUACCCUGCACAAGAAUGAGGGUGCUAUAGGCACAGCAGAAUGUGGGUUUUUCAAAGAUGAAAAACCCCAAGAGCAGCCACAAGACCCUAAAGUAAAUGUCACUUACAUUACUGAGGUGACUCCUUCUCACUGUGACAGCGCAUAUAGAGAAUUACCUACAGUACAUUUUAUCACUGCUGAGAGACAUCGACUACUGCUGGAGGAGGACGAGCAGCCUCCAGUUACUGAAACUGACAAGAACAGCUCAUACCCGGGAGGUGCUACAAGUGGAUCCUUAGCAGAGUGUCCUGCCUCAGCCAGCGCUGACACACCCAGUCAUCCUGAUGGCAAACAGCUGGGGAAAUCACUUGAAAACAAGAUCCCCGGUGGCUUCUGUCUCUCUGCUGGAAAUGAGGAUGAGAGACAGGUGCCAAAUUAUUUCAAUCAAAUCCAGGCGGCAAUCUUUGGUUCAAGAAAUGAGGAGGUCAGGUGUCUGUCUGAUUGCAUUUCUAAAGAUGAAAACACGGGUUUCUGUCCAUGGAGCCAAUACGCUGUAGAGACUAACCAGAGAGGCAAAGAGCUUGAAGUCAGUGAGAACAUUGUUUUCAGUAAGGAAGACGGUGAGAGUCCCUUAUCUUCCAGUGAUUAUGCAGACCCUGAGCUACCCUGCACUCACCCUAAAGAGGAGUCCUCUGGGAACUUGGCAGAAGGCGAAAAAAAUGAAUUAGAAUUACAGAUCUGUGUCAAUGGAAGUGUUUUCGUCUGUGAUGGGGAGACAAUAGGCCAAGUUAAUGAGAGUGAUAUCGGCAAAACCUUCUUCCCUGCCGCCGAAUGUGCUGAGGGAUCAAUUCUGUCUAAUGAUGUGGUUUUAGACAGAAAUAUUGCAAACGGGAAUGCGAGUCUUGAAGUUGAUGGCCUCUAUGAGGCAAAGGGAGAGCAUGCUGCUGGCAGGAUAAUAACCGAAGCUGGGAGCGAAACGGCUGAUCAUACAACAGAGACUCCAAUGCUUACUAGAAUCAGUCAAGAGCCUGCUGAAGGAGAUAAUGAUGCAGGCCCCUUCACUGUAAUUGACCCUGCAAUCUGGAGUGAAACUGACAGAGACGCUGAAGAGAAACGCCGCAACUCAGGUGUGGAAUUAUCUGCAUCAGUAAAAGUCAGCGAAAUGGAAACGCCAUUCUGUUCCGACGAAAGACCGUCACUCAAGGUUUCAUCUCCCGAUGAGACGGAGCAGUUUAAUCAUCGCGGCAGUACACUAUGCGAAGGUGAACAUGUGGAAUUCUCUCGUUCACAAAAAGAACCACAUGCAUGUUCCGUCACCACCAACCAGACACACAACAUGAAUUGCAAUGGGGGCAACUGUCAGUGGCAAGGCAGCCACAGCUCCACAAAUCCUUUUCCUGCUGGCGACGAUGAAAGACAAGAAAGACACGAUGCUGUGGAAUGUCAGUUGAAAGGAGAGGGCCAGUCCAGCUGUUUUCCUGUCAACUUUGACCACCUGAAAACACAGGAGGUUGAAUAUUCACACAGUGAAACUGACAGAAUGGGCGAAACAUUUGACACGAGAGAAAUACAAGAAAGUAAAAUAAAAAGGGAUGAACACGCAAACUUGGAGAAAGCUGUGAGGUCAAGUGAAAGCAUUCAGCAUCAAAAUGAACAACACCAAGACAACAAAACUGAAAUAUCCACUGAUGACUGCGUCAGUGACUCGACAGAAGGAGAAAUGCAUGAAAAGGACGGCGAAUUAACACUAACUGAAGGUCAAGUAGAAAUCCAGCUGGAGUGUUUGUCUGAUCAUGUAUUCAGUGCUGAUGUUUCUAUGAUAGAUGUGACAGUUGAGGGAAAGGCAAGCAAAGAAAUGUCAACUAUUGGAGAAGAAAUACAAAAUUCUGAAAACUCAAAGAUACUCUCAAAAUAUGAGGAUGAUGUACAGAAUGAAAAUGAAGAGGACAUGACUGACGUUUCACCCGUUGAAUACAUGAGUGAAUGCACAGAAGGAAACAUGUUGACCCACUGUCCGGAAGAUGAUCAAGAACACAAGCUCAUGUGCUUCUCCGACCUCCAACACGGAGCUGAAAAUAUGCACGGCCUUUUGGCCGCCAUCUUUCCUCCAACGAGUGAUGCGGUUGUGCCGUGUCAGCGUGACUUAAGUCAUUCACAAAAUGCUCACAGCCCCACAGCACCAAUCUGCAGUGACAGAUUCCCCCCAUUGCCGUCUGCCUUCAGCCUCUACAACAGCGUGCCGGGGGCAUUUGACAAUUUUGAAAAGAUCCAGCUCUCACCAGAUGAUGACGACGACGCCGCCGCUGGCUCGAGCGACAUCCCUGUCCUCAGCAGCUUGUCCAGCCUGCUGCUGAAAACACCCCAGCGACAAGUUCUCCGCCGCACGCCAGCGGCGGAGAGCGAUAAGCGCGAGGAGAUACCGGGAAAGGAGGAGGAAGAGGAAAGGUUUGAGCGUCACUCUGGCAACGUGGCGGAUGGAUUUGUAGGCAGCGAUUCCUGCAAUGAUGCCCCAAACUUUAUCUCAGCAACGGAUGGCAGUGCUCUGAGAAGGCCAGCGCGACAGGCUAGCUACGAACCUGCCAGGGAUUCCUCAGAGCGCAUUCAGGAUCAGUUAAACCCACAGUCUGUGUCGUCCCCUGACAGCGACAGUCCCACCUCCGCUGGGAACGACCGCUCCGAGUUUGUGAUGAAAAAACAGUUCGACAUGGUCUUGAAAGAGCUGAACUUGUUUUUUGAAAUCAGUAGAAGUGACAAUGCAAGCGACAGCAGACCGUCUUCACCUGAGCACUGUAGUGCUAUGGCUCAGCCUCAGGGCAUAGCAUCAAAAUGCAAGGAAGACCUCAGCAGCCCAGAUCUGGGACUCCACAGUGACACGACCGCAGAUGAUGCCGAUGAAGACCACCACCUGCAAAUGUGUGAAGGUGUUCCAGUGGUGGCCUGCGCUGCCGUCAGUGGGGGCAGAGAACAGGAAGUGCCCCGUAACACGCACAUGCACCAGGAAGCAUCUGAGGACGCUGCAGAGAAACACAGAGGGCCCCGGGAGACGGAGCAGAAAGGGAAAGCGUGGUCUCCCUCCUUCCUCGACCUAUCUCUCAUGGAACAAGCGAACCGCAGAGUACCCGAACAGCCCAAGAGACUGGAGCCUCUGAAAACAUGCACACGACCGAUCCGAGUUGGACUUUCAAAGAGAGCCAAGACCAAACACCUACACCGCCCCCACCCCUAUAAAUGAACAUCGGACGUGCAGUCGAGGGGAUGCGUGUGAGUGCAAAUGAAGCUCUUCAAAGCUUUUUUUCCUGUGUUCAUUAUGUUCAUUUUCUGAUUUGAACCGUUCGUGGAUUCCUUGUGUUUCCACGCUGUUGUUUUUGUGAGUGUUUCUCGCUGGAUCUUUAUCCACAAAAUGUAGAUUCAACAAAAUGGAAACGCAAAAAAUAUGUUCCCAGUUAUUUAUUUAUCUAUUUAUUUAUAUUUAUACCGUCCAUGAUAGUGGUUUUAAAUACUUACACAUUCUCACAGAUUCGAGUUUACUAAAUCCUGCUAUUUAUGUGAUUUCCACAAUAUGAUGUUGUAUUAAAUACAUGCUGCAUUUAUUCAGGUUCGUUACAUAUAAUUGCUCUUGGUGAGUGUUCUACCAUGUGUGGGCGUGUUCAGUCAGGAGCAGAGUAUGGUGUGUUAUUUGCCUGUGCUGUUUUGGACAUUAAAUGGGUUCACAUGUGUGCAUCAUCUCCCUGAGCAGUGCGGCUCAGGGCAGGUUAGCUGGAGUUGAAAUUUUAAUUGGUCUGUUUGCCGGAGAAUUUAAUAAAAAAAUUGCAUCCCAAAUGUGUUUUUCAUGCAAACACUAUGUGCGGCAGUAUCUUUAGCAGAAAAAUAUUGAUGCAUAUUAUUAGUAUUAGUAGCAAACGGG